AUGUGGACAGAAGCGGCUAGAGCGCCAUCCGGCAAUCUGUCGGACUGGAAUCUCAUGGAGAGCACAUCACAGUCGACACAGCUUGAGGAUGUGACCUUCGUGGUCAACGCCAGCUUCCUGGAUGCCGAUUUCAUGCAGUACGAGCUCAACUGGCCGUACACGGCGCUUGAGAUCCUCGUGGGACUCGUGGCGGUAAUCGGGAAUGGUAUGGUGAUCGCCGUGUUCCAGAAGGAGCGACGCCUGCGACGCAGAACGAAUUACUACAUUGUGUCCCUGGCGAUUGCUGACUUCCUGGUGGGAUUGCUCGGGAUACCCUUCGCCGUGUUGGCGUCAAUUGGACUGCCCACGAAUCUGCACGCAUGUCUCUUCACCAUAUCACUCCUGGUCGUCCUGUGCACCAUCUCCAUCUUCUGCCUCGUGGCCGUGUCCGUGGAUCGAUACUGGGCUAUUCUGCAUCCCAUGGCAUAUUCCCGCAAUGUCCGCACCAAAACUGCCAUUUUGAUAAUCUCGAUGUGUUGGGUCGCGGGCAGCAUCGUGGGAUUUCUACCGCUGUUCGGCUGGCAUCAGGACCAGCCCGUGGAGACGGCGUGUCUGUUCGAGGGUGUCAUGAGCUACGACUAUCUCGUGUUCCUCUAUUUCGGCACCAUCAUUACGCCCGCGAUCAUCCUCGUCGGCUUCUAUGCGCACAUCUACCGCGUGAUUCUCAAGCAAUUGCGCCAAAUCGUCACGAUGAACCCAGGCGGCGGCAUCUCCAGCCGACGCUCCUCGUCGCGCAAGAGCACCUCGUCCAGCACACCAACUCUGCGCGCCGCCAAUCGCACACCCUCCGGCGGCACGAUGUUGCGCGUCUUAGGCGCGGCGCAGAAGCGCGAAGUCAAGGCAACGCAGAAUCUCUCCAUCAUCGUCCUGUUCUUCAUGAUCUGCUGGAUUCCAUUGUACACGGUGAACUGCAUCAAGGCCUUCUGCCAGGAUUGCAACAUCCCGCCCAUGAUGACGUUCAUCUUCAUCAUCCUUUCGCACGUCAAUUCCGCCGUCAAUCCCAUCUUGUACGCUUACCAUCUGCGCGACUUCCGGGCGGCGCUUAAGAAUCUACUGCUGAAGCUGGUGGGGCGCCACGAGACGCCCACGCGUGUUGAGGUGAACUAUCGCUUCUCCCUGGCCAGCCAACACCGCGACAAGCGCCCUUCGAUCCACCCGCGCAUCUACAUCGACUCGCCAGUUUGGCUAAGACAACAGCAGCUUCUCAAUAGCGAGAGAAAAACGCAGCGAAACGGCGCCGGAACAAUCCAGAAUAGCCUGACGAGCGUCCACCAAACCGUCGCCGCCGUGGCUUCCGUCACCGGCGACGCCAAUCGCGAGAUGUGGAGAAUCGCCGAGGUGCCCAGCACAGCGGAAGAGACCAGUCGCUGCAACGAGAACUCCUUGGGCCACACGUCAUUUCCAAGCUUCCACCUGGGCAGCGACAGUGAGGACUCGGGCUGUGGGAAUCCACUUUCUGCCGGCGCUCCGGAAGACUGCGACAGCGACGACGACGUGUUCAUGCCUCCGGGUGUCUUCUUCACCAGUAUCGAUGCGCGGGAAGCCGUUGAAAUCGAUGAUUUCCCGCACCAAAGCUUCUCUACCGAGCUUCCAUUCCACGAAGUCAGAUCAUACGAGGACUUGUCUGUUGCCCUCCACGGUCACUCGCGCGACACCACGCGGCGCACAUCGACGGUAUCUGAGGUUGAGGAUGCGCAAAUUUUCACCAUAGAUACGCAUUUCGAGGAUCCCCGAAAAAUUCCAGAAGUGGGAAAUUCACAGUUGGAUGGAGAGAUAAUACGAGUUUUGAACACGAGAAAGAGAUUUCCCUUCAGGAAGGCAUUCUCAGACGCCUGAAGAGAAAAUGCCGCGGAAAAACGCUUUAGGAAUGUGUAGUUGUUGUCUCGA